AUGGAAUUCCGAUCGUCAUCAAUCGCAGUCAAGGAUGGACCCUUCCUUGCACCAAAGCUCCCAGUGGAGCUGUGGGGCUUGGUGUGCGACAAACUGGGGCGUGAAGACCUCGCCCAACUGCGCGGCGUGUCCAAGUUCUUCCUUUCAUUCACACGCCCGUUCUUCUACCGCUUUGGCACCUUCUCACGGCUCGGAGUGCACUUUCCGCACGCCCCGACCCCGUAUCCAAGUUUGGAUCUGCCGGAGCUGGGCAACGCAGGGCUCUACGGCGAAGAGCGGAGACGCUUGCUGGAAGGUAUCCGGCGCCUCGAACUCAAGAAGCACACGACGCACGAUUGCAGUGCAUUCUAUGGAAUGGGUUGCCAGUGGUUAAUAAGGAAUAUCAAAGUCGACGUGCUCUAUAUUGAGCUGCAUAAGUGUCUCCUUCACGAAGACUUUGAGGGCACGCUUCCAGGUGCUUUCACCCACGACGACCACGAAGGAUUUUGUCAAGAGCCUGUCUCGGUGACGCGUGCACGGAACGAUCCGCACCCGCGGCCGGAUUGCCGUACUGUUUGCCACAUGCUCAGGAGCGAAGGAUAUGGGGCUCUGGGCGUACGUCCGCGCAAGGUUGUCAUCCGCAAUGCGCCAGUGCGAUGGAACGAGCCAGACCAACCUGAGCGCGAUAGGUUCCGUCGGUGGCCCAGCGGCGAGGAGUUCACCGUCGUGCUCGACUCGGCGGACCGGUGGCACUGGUACGACUACGAAAAUGACGACUUGCCUCGACACUACGACUGUCGUCUUGUGCCGAGUUGGGGCUUCCGACCCAAACCGGCCGCCACGGCAGAAAAGCUCACAGUCGUGUUCUGGCAGCCGCUGACCGACGCCGAGCUCCCGUGGCUGCCGCCUUGCGGGCACUUCUUUGGUACCUGCGACGCCCGCUCCCGCACGCAGUCCAAGUGCCGCGCCAUCUUCAAGAUUCUCGUCGGGAUAGCUGGCGUGCUGGCGGGCUCGAGGAUCCGACAUGUCACCAUCGUCGGUGCGGAGAGGAUCGGCGCACUGCGAUACGGCAACCUCCUCAGCCAUAAGACCGACCCGGACCUCGUCUGCAUCCCUCUCCAUGACAUCCAGAGCUUCAUGGUAGAGGCCAUUGAAACCACGUGCCGCAAGUUCAAUCUUCCGCAAUGGACGGGCAAGAUCGACUAUGUCACCUUCGCAGACUGGGUGAAGAAGGAUGAUUGGGAGGACGUCUUCAAGCGGAGAGAGGUCAGGCCGUGGCUUUGA